AUGUGUAUGCGUAUCCGUCUGAAGGUAGUCCAAUAUCUGCCAAAUGGAAUACAACACCCGGUGUUAAGGGCCAGUGGACGGCCGGCUUUUAUCCUGGAGUUCUCUGCAACGGAUGGGGUGUUUGAUGAUCAGUUUAAGACAGACUCUCACGACAUUGGCUUUAUGAUAAUGUGCUCAUUUGGAAAGGGAUAUGAGUUCACACAGAAUGAUACCUACCCUAAAGUGAUAGUUACUGCCGCACACAGUUUGGCCACAAGAUUUAGCCCAAAAGUCGGUUGCAUCAGGUCGUGGGACAGUAGCCCUUUCGAUGCCAACCAAAAGGGAGAUUUCCUGGUAAUAGUGGAUAAUAUGAUGAAUUUGGAGCUACUAUUCGAGGGCUGGAAACAUACGGGCAAUGAAACCCUCUAUGAUAUCGCUGUCUCUCACGCCAACCGUACUCUCAAAGAGCACGUCCGCAAAGACUACAGUAGUUAUCAUAUCGUAGAUUUCAACCAUACCACCGGUGCUGUCAUAAGUAGACACCAGGGUCAGGGCUAUAACAACUCAUCAACCUGGGCAAGAGGACAGGCAUGGCUUGUGAAUGGAUUCACAACCACUUAUAGAUAUACAAAACAAAAGCACUUCUUAGAGGGGGCCGAGAAUUUAGCUCAAUAUUACAUAAGCCAUUUGCCGGAGGACGGCAUAGCGCCCUGGGAUUUCGAUGUCCCUCACGAUAAGUAUCCGUACAUUCCUCGGGACUCCUCGUCGGCAGCCGUCGCCGCGUCGGGUCUUUUCGAGCUCUUCGGGUUCACGAAGAAUGAGAAGUACUUAAAGACAGCAAAACUUAUUAUGGAGUCAUUGUCUUCGGAUAAAUACAGAGCUGACGGCAAACCAGAGUAUAAAUUGCCGGCACUUAUAACAACCCCACCCGUGGACAACCAGUGGACGGCCGGCUUUUAUCCGGGGGUUCUCUGGCAUCUCUAUAACUAUACAAAGAGUGAUGAGUGGAAACAAUUGGCCACAACUGCUACCGACGCCAUGUAUAACGACCAGUUCAACACAUGGCAACACGACAUCGGCUUCAUGAUAAUGGGCUCCUAUGGCAAUGGAUACGAGUUCACCAAAAACCCUAAUUACCCGAAAAUUAUAGUAAACGCGGCCAACCAUUUUGCCAAACGCUUUAAUCACAAUGUCGGGUGCACCAAAUCGUGGGAUACCCCCAAUCCCAACGAGUUUCUGGUAAUAGUGGACAAUAUGAUGAAUCUGGAGCUACUAUUCGAGGGUUGGAAGCAUUCUGGCAAUAAGACUCUGUACGAUAUGGCGGUCUCCCAUACAAAUGUCACCAUAAGAGAGCACCUGAGGAAAGACUACUCGCACUUCCACGUCGUUUCAUUCAAUCCAUCGACUGGUCAAGUGAUCCGCAAAUACACGGCCACCGGAUAUGCUGACUGGUCGUGUUGGAGUCUGGGACAGGCCUUCCUGGUGGCCGGACUCACCAUUGCCUACAGAUAUACAAAAGCCGAUUACAUCCUAAAGGCAGCCGAAGGUGUGUCCAACUAUUUCAUAGACAAGGCUCCGGCCGAUGGCAUACCGUUGUGGGACUUCGAUGUACCCCACGAUCCCAUCCAUCCCUACAUUCAUAGAGACAGUUCGGCCGCAUCGACAGCCGCGUCCGGACUCAUAGAGCUCUUUGGAUUCACAAAUAAUACGAAAUAUUUGAAUGCUUUCAAUAAAAUCAUGGAUUCAUUGAAUUCUAGUCAAUACAGAGCUGAUGGCAAACCGGAGUACAAAAUACCGGCGCUAAUUGUGAACGGAAUUUUUGGUAAAGAAACUGAUAAGUUACCCUAUCCGUCUGACGGUAGUCCCAUAUCUGCCAAAUGGAAUACAACACCCGGUGUUAAGGGUCAGUGGACGGCCGGCUUUUAUCCUGGAGUUCUCUGGUAUUUAUAUAACUAUACAAAAAGUGAUAAUUGGAAACAAUUAGCGAUUAAAGCCACGGAUGGGGUGUUUGAUGACCAGUUUAAGACAGACUCUCACGACAUUGGCUUUAUGAUAAUGUGCUCAUUUGGAAAGGGAUAUGAGUUCACACAGAAUGAUACCUACCCUAAAGUGAUAGUUACUGCCGCACACAAUUUGGCCACAAGAUUUAGCCCAAAAGUCGGUUGCAUCAGGUCGUGGAACAGUAGCCCUUUCGAUGCCAACCAAAAGGGAGAUUUCCUGGUAAUAGUGGACAAUAUGAUGAAUUUGGAGCUACUAUUCGAGGGCUGGAAACAUACGGGCAAUGAAACCCUCUAUGAUAUCGCUGUCACUCACGCCAACCGUACUCUCAAAGAGCACGUCCGCAAAGACUACAGUAGUUAUCAUAUCGUAGAUUUCAACCAUACCACCGGUGCUGUCAUAAGUAGACUCCAGGGUCAGGGCUAUAACAACUCAUCAACCUGGGCAAGAGGACAGGCAUGGCUUGUGAAUGGAUUCACAACCACUUAUAGAUAUACAAAACAAAAGCACUUCUUAGAGGCGGCCGAGAAUUUGGCUCAAUAUUACAUAAGCCAUUUGCCGGAGGACGGCAUAGCGCCCUGGGAUUUCGAUGUCCCUCACGAUAAGUAUCCGUACAUUCCUCGGGACUCCUCGUCGGCAGCCGUCGCCGCGUCGGGUCUUUUCGAGCUCUUCGGGUUCACGAAGAAUGAGAAGUACUUAAAGACAGCAAAACUUAUUAUGGAGUCAUUGUCUUCGGAUAAAUACAGAGCUGACGGCAAACCAGAGUAUAAAUUGCCGGCACUUAUAGUAAACGCUACUUCUAUGGGACCAAACGCUGCGCCCGGAAAGUCCGAUAUUGCUCUCACUUAUGGCGACUAUUACUUCAUUAGUGCCGUUCAAUAUCUGAAUUAA